AGCCGAACCCGCCCCCCUGCUGGGCGCCGCGCGAGCGAAGGAGCCGCUUUCUCCUACUGCUGGAGGCGUCCCCGGAGGAGCUGAGCCAUGCGGCCGCGGCUCCCGCUUUGGCUCCCCAGCUUCCUGUGCUGCUUGCCGACCUUCGUGGCGCCCGCUGCAGGCUCCCGCCCUCGCCUUGAAGACUCUUCUCCGCGGAUCGUAGAGCACCCUUCUGACCUCAUUGUGUCCAAAGGGGAGCCGGCAACGUUGAACUGCAAAGCGGAGGGACGGCCCACUCCGAUCAUUGAGUGGUACAAGGAUGGGGAGCGAGUCGAAACGGACCGAGAGGACCCUCGGUCCCACCGCAUGUUGUUGCCGAGCGGCUCUCUUUUCUUUCUGCGCAUUGUGCAUGGAAGAAGGAGCAAACCCGAUGAAGGAGUGUACGUGUGUGUAGCCAGGAACUACCUGGGUGAGGCAGUCAGCAGGAAUGCAUCGCUGGAAGUAGCCAUCUUGAGGGAUGACUUCCGGCAGGCUCCCAGUGAUGUUGUGGUGGCAGCUGGAGAGCCAGCAGUGAUGGAGUGCAUCCCACCCAGAGGGCACCCAGAGCCUACCAUCUCUUGGAAGAAGAACAACGCCCGCAUCAGUGAUAAAGAGGAGCGUAUUACGAUUCGUGGUGGGAAGCUGAUGAUGUCCAACACAAGGAAGAGUGACGCUGGCAUGUACAUCUGUGUGGCCACCAACAUGGUGGGCGAACGGGACAGCGAGCCGGCAGAACUGGUGGUCUUUGAGCGCCCCACCUUCAUCAAGAGACCCGUAAAUCAAGUGGUGCUUGCAGAAGACACUGUGAAUUUCCACUGCGAAGUGCAGGGGGACCCUGUGCCGACGUCUCGCUGGCGCAAGGAGGAAGGAGAGCUUCCUCGAGGGAGAUCAGAGAUCCAGAACGACAACACGUUGCGCAUCAGCCGGGUGAGUGCAGAGGAUGAGGGCACCUACACCUGUGUGGCAGAGAACAGCGUGGGCAAAUCUGAAGCCUCAGGCUCCCUUAGCGUCCAUGUUCCUCCUCAGUUAGUGACCCGGCCUCGGGACCAGAUCGUAGCACAAGGCCGCACGGUUACAUUUCAGUGUGAGACCAAAGGAAACCCACCUCCAGCUGUCUUCUGGCAAAAGGAAGGUAGUCAGAUCCUGCUUUUCCCCAGCCAGCCCCCUCAAGCCAUGGGGCGUUUUUCUGUCUCUCCAAGCGGCGAGAUGACCAUCGCAGAUGUGCAGACCUCCGACUCAGGCUACUACAUGUGCCAGGCCAUUAGUGUGGCGGGAAGCAUCCUGGCCAAAGCGCUCCUGGAGGUGGAAGAUGUGACAUCAGAUCGGAUUCCGCCCAUCAUUCGCCGAGGGCCGACCAAUCAAACCCUUGGCAUAGAUUCUACAGCACAACUGCAGUGUCAUGUCACUGGAAACCCCCUGCCCAGUAUCCAAUGGUUGAAAGAUGGACAAAGAAUUGUGGGCAGCGACCCAAGAGUCAGCCUGUUAGACAAUGGAACUCUACAGAUUGUGAACCUACAGGUUUCGGACUCCGGACUGUAUGUUUGUGUCGCAACGAGCUCAACCGGUGAGACGACAUGGAGUGGAUUUCUGGCAGUGCAAGAAAAUGGGGCUGACCUCCAGAUGCAGGUCCCAGAGCCAGGCCUUCUCCCAGGGCCUCCAUCUGCACCACUGGUCACUGACGUCACCAAGAACAGUGUCGCUUUGAUUUGGAAGCCAAACCCUGUGAGCGGAGGAGCCGCAGUCAGUUCUUACAUAAUUGAAGCAUUCAGUCAGUCAUCAGGGAGCACGUGGCAGACAGUAGCCGAUAACGUGAAGGUGGAGAAACACACCGUCAGCGGCUUGAACCCCAACACCAUUUACCUCUUCCUCAUACGAGCUGUCAACAUGUAUGGCCUGAGCGACCCCAGCCCUGUCUCAGAGCCGGUCCGCACGCAAGAUGUGAGUCCCACCCGGCAGGGAGUAGAUCACAGGCAGGUGCAAAAGGAACUUGGGGAGGUUGUGGUCCAACUGCAGGAGCCUGUCAUCCUCACCUCCACCACCAUCCAAGUGACAUGGACUGUGGACCGCCAGGCUCAGUUCAUCCAAGGCUACCGAGUGAUGUACCGGCCCAAGAUCAGCACCUGGCUCAUGCAGGAUGUGAAGUCACCCACUGAACGAAGCACUGUCCUAGUGGAGCUGCACAAGGGCCAAGAAUACGAGAUCAAAAUCCGCCCGUAUUUUGAUGAGUUCCAGGGCAUGGACAGCGAAGUGCUCCUAGUGCGCACCCCAGAGGAAGCUCCCAGCGCUCCUCCUCAGGCAGUUACCGUAGUAACCGUGGGGAGCAGCAACAGUACCAGUAUCAGCAUAUCGUGGGAGCCACCACCUUCUGAAGAUCAGAACGGCAUCAUUCAGGAUUACAGGGUUUGGUGUCUAGGCAACGAGUCUCGUUACCACAUCAACAAGACGGUGGAUGGCACGUUGCUGUCGACGGUCUUGCAGGGCUUGAUGCCAGGCAUGCUGUACCGCACGGAGGUGGCUGCAGCCACCAGCGCAGGCGUUGGUGUGAAGAGUGCCCCCGUCACCAUACAGAUCAAGCCCUUGCCAGACCAGGACUCGGUGUCUGUGAGCAACGGGGACAGCGUGAGCCUCGCCGAGCAGAUCACCGAUGUGGUGAAGCAGCCGGCCUUCAUCGCUGGCAUCGGAGGGGCCUGUUGGGUCAUCCUGAUGUGCUUCAGCGUGUGGAUCUACUGUCGGCGAAAGAAGAGGAAGGAGCUGAGUCACUACACAGCCUCCUUUGCGUACACGCCAGCAGGUAAGGCUUUCCCCCCGCCUCCAUCACAUCGCUUUUCCUGGCACCACCCACCUGAGCCACAUCUUGCUUUCCAAGGAGACGUCCCUGACUGUUUGGUCCCCUCUUUUUCAGUCUCUUUCCCCCAUGCGGAUGGGCCAGCGCGGGGCAGUGGCAGCAGGCCUGGCAUGCUGGCCAUGGCCACAAGUACUUCCAGCUAUCCGUGGCUGGCAGACUCAUGGCCAGCCCCGAAUCUGCUCCGGAACGGCAAGGCAAAGGAACCUGGAGCAGCCUGCUGUACAGGAAACCACAAUGCCACGGAGAGGUAUUAUAACAAUGCUGGGAUUUCCAACUACAUUGCGCAGACUGAGAAAUUCGGAACGGGGGUGUCUGACGGGCCCAUUUACAGCACCAUUGACCCCGCCAGCGAUGACAUGAGGACAUUCAAUGGGGCGUUUUCCCAGCACACCACCCCAUACGCCACGACACCCGUGGUACCAUAUGGGGCAACGCAUUUACAUUCACCUGACGAAGAGGAGAGCCAGUGGAACGCCCCUCCUGGGAUCUCCAGCAUCCAGUAUGCCCAGCCUGAGCGGGGCAGGGCUGAGAGCGUUUCCAAGCCUGGGAAACAGAAGUUGAUGGGAAAGCCGGUGAAGACACCAUCCUUGAACUGGACCGAAGUGCUUCCUCCACCACCUUCUGCCAGUGAACUGAGUCAGUAUGUGGAAGAAGAGGAGGAGCAAGAGGAGACAGAAGUCAAUUCACUCCCUGUUUGUAGUUCAGAGGUAGAGGAGUGGUGCCCGCCCCUGCCAGAAAGGACGUACCUGAUGGAGAACAUCCAGGAAGAGGAGUGUCCUCCUCCCCCACCUCGUGGAGAUGCCUCCUCUCCUGCUAAUUCCUAUGGGCAGCAGUCCACGGCCACGUUGACCCCCUCACCCCGAGAUGAGAUGAGAGCUUCCGAGGACAUCCCCAGACUACACCACUUUGAGAUCCCACACCUGCCCAGGCGGCUACCCAAUGGCUCGGGGCCAUCGCCCAGGGCCUUGAGUCCUCCCUUGACUCAGUCCAACCCAAACCUCAAUGUGCUCGAAGAGGGACACGAAGGCAGCGCUCCCAAGCAAGGUCAUCGCCGUAACCUGAGCCAGACUCCAGCACACAGUGCAGAGAAUGUUGACUCCCCGGGAAUAGGAAAACCCCAGCCCAGCCCAGGAGACAUGCCUCUCCCUCCAGGGCAGAAAGCAAAAGGCAAGAAGAAAUCCAAGUCUAGCCACUACCGUCGAGAGAAGAAACAGGGAGAUCUCCCGCCACCCCCCUUGCCACCUCCAGCAGAAGACCUCGGCUGCUCUGUUCCGGACAGCGCAUUGCGACUGGCCUGCAACACCUCCUCUCUGGAGAAGGACCUGAACGGUGCCUCAGUCAUGGAGCGGAAGGUCACCCCUCGCACAGUGGCGGGACAGCACUACCACCAGCACCGAGACGAGGAGGAAAUCAUCCCAUACAGCAAGCCCAGCUUUCUCUCCCGAAGCCAGGUGUCAAGCAAUUGCUCCACAACAGGAAGCUCUUCUUCCAGGGGCUCAACGGGAUCUAGAGGUCACGGGUCAGGACGCAGCCGGACAGCAGGGGAUCGCAGCGAAGAAAAGAGAUGAAACUAAACGGAGUCAGCAUGAGCAACGCAAGGCCUACAAACCCAGCACUCCAUGGACUUUGGGCUGGGGGGAGGGGUUUCUGUGCUUCUAAUUUAUGACCCUCCAAAAGGAGCCGCAUGGCCUGGCCCCUUGUAAAUACGUUUGCUCCCAGGAACCAAGGAAGCUGUAUUUAUAAACCAGGAAAAAGGGACGACUAAGCCUGUGGGCCUGAUUUUUGGAAAGGUUGGCAUUUCUACAAGCAGAGGGCUUGUGCCCAGCGGGAGGGGGGAUGGGAGAUGGCAGCAGGGGAAGGGAGUUUGCCUGUGGUCAGCCCGCUCAGGAUGGGCAGAGAGAGCAGCCCGGCCAUCUAAGCACAUGCUCCAAUACUGCCCAGUGCUCCACCAAGCCUGCCCCAAGGCAGCGAGCAGCAGGUGUUUCUUUGGUAGAUCACAAACCCUUUUGUAAAAUGACCAAUAAAGCUGUUUGUUAACCUGGA